AUGAAGAAGAUAUAUUUGUUUUUCCUCAUUUUAUUAAUAAAUAUAAACAUAAAUAUAAAUUAUUGUUUAUCCAAAAAAAAUAUAAAAAGAAAAGCACAUUUAAGAAACAAUUUAGACAAUACAAAUACAAUUAAUAUAAAGGAUGAAUGGCAUAAUGAUAAUACAGAAAAUGUAAAAGAUCUUUUAAAAAAGGAAGAGAAGAAAAUAAAUAAACAUAAUAAUCCCAAAAAACUUAAUGAUCAUAAUAUUAAAAAUGAAAAAAGUGAUAAUAAUAAUAAUAGUACAUAUUCAUUUAUGUCUUUAAAUUUUAUUCCAUUUAUUGGGCACUCAUCGGGUUAUCCCUAUGGAAGUUCAAUCCCCCCAAAUGAAAUGGGUGUGCAUUUUUAUAAUUAUGAGAAAAGUCCAACAAUACAAUAUAUGUUAAUUGAUGAAGAAAGAAAAAAUUCUUUUCUUUACAUAGUUUUUCUCGUUGCAUCAUUUGCUGUAGUUGUGCUUGUAGCUUUUUUUAUAUUUAAAUUUUUUUUUAAGUUAUAA